AUAAACGGUUCUUUACACCAGACCUGUGCAUUUUGGACAUGCGCAGGAUUUAAAGCUGUUUUUAAAGCAUUUCACAGAGACUGAUCCUGUACUGCAGGUGUCUGUCAGGUUCACUGCAUCCUGUAUGUAUCCGUGGUCACAAAAUUAGAAUUGGAAGCUUGGAAUCAUGAGCUGUUAUUAUUCUGAAAUGUGGAAUCAGAACAUUCCGAGUUGAAAGGCUGAUCUGCAUCAACACAAUCCACAUUCAGAUGAAUGUUGUACAUUCAGUAGCUCUGACCUGCACAGAACAUGAGUAAACAGGAAGAAGAGAAGGGAAUGGAGAGGAAGGUAGACGGGAUGUCCUGCAACAUCAUCAAUGAGCUGCGGUUAGAGAAGCAGCUCUGUGACGCAGUCAUCGUGGUGGACGGCGCCGAAUUCCACGUGCACAAGAUCAUCCUGUGCGGCUGCAGUCCAUACUUCAUGGCUCUCUUCACCAACGGCGGGUACCCUCCUGAUAAGCUCAGGUACAGCAUCCCUAACGUUUCCGCCGAGAUAAUGGAGCUGAUCGUGGAGUACGCGUAUAUAAGACGUGUUAACAUCACGGAGAAAAACGUGUUUAAGCUGCUGAUCGCUGCUGAUUGUCUGUUGGUGAACAGCCUGCUGAACGACUGCUGCAUGUUCCUGAAGGCUCAGCUGUGUCCCGAGAACUGCAUUAACAUCUGUCGUUUAGCUCACUCCUACUUCUGCGAGAAGUUGAAGCAGCAGGCCUUCCGGUUUAUCUUGCACAACUUUGAGGAGAUGGUGCGGCUCUCUGAGGAGUUCCUGGACCUGACGGUCGAGCAGCUGAGCGAGAUCAUCGAGAAGGACGAACUGAACGUGAAACAGGAGAGCGUGGUGUUUGAAGCCAUCUUACAGUGGAUCAAACAUGCGCCAUGGAAACGGAAAGCGCACAUAGGAGUGUUACUGCCCAGGGUGCGUCUGGGGCUAUUGACACACGAUUACCUUAUGAACAAUGUGAGCAACAACGUUUUAGUGAUGGACGACAUGACAUGUAAGCUGAUCGUCACCAGAGUUCUGAUGGGCAUCGAUGACCUCAACCCGAGCCUUCCCCUCAGCUCUGAUCUCCAGAGACUCCGCCUGCCCAGCGCCGUUCUGCUGGCCAUCGGUGGCUAUGGCCACAAGAAUCUCAAUACAACUCAAUACAACUGUACAAAUGUUUGUACAAGAAACAUAGAAGCGUAUGAUACGCGAGCAGCGCGAUGGGUCAACGUCACAUGCAACGACGAGAGUCCACGAGCCUAUCACGGGACGGUGUAUCUGAAUGGCUUCGUGUACUGCAUCGGAGGAUUCGACAGUGAGGGUUUCCUCAACAGUGUGAGAAGGUUUGACCCCAUCACCAGAACCUGGGCUCAGGUGAACCCCAUGCACUCUUGCCGGUGUGACGUGAGCGUGUGUGUGCUGGACAGUCGUAUCUAUGCGAUGGGAGGAUUUGAAGGCUUCUAUCAUCUAAAUACAGUAGAGCGAUAUGAACCUGAGAAUGAUCGGUGGUGCAUGAUCGCGCCGAUGCACGAACCAAGGAGUGACUCUAGCGCUACAGUACUGAACGGCAAAGUGUACAUAUGUGGAGGGUUUGACGGGAACGGGUGUUUGUUCACGGGGGAGUAUUACAGUCCUCAGACGGGAGCGUGGACCCUCAUCACCCCCAUGAUGAUCAGAAGGCGUGGACUGGGCGUGGUUGCGUAUGGAGGAUGGGUUUACGCUGUCGGGGGAAAUGAUGGUGUUAAUCAAAUAAGCAAUGUAGAGGUGUAUAAUCCUCAGACCAACGUGUGGACACAAGGUCCAGCCAUGAACAACAAGCGCAGCAACUUUGGCAUUGAGGUGCUGGACGAUCUCCUGUUCGUUGCUGGAGGAGAUAACGGCUCUACCUCCAUGGAUGAAGCGGAGUGUUAUGAUAAGCAGACUUCUGAAUGGCAUGCAAUCGAAAACAUGGGGAUUUCUCGCCGUGGUCUGAGCUGCUGUGUGCUGUCUGGUUUACCCAACAUGGCAGAUUACGCUGCUCCCCGAGACGAUCCCUACAGAGUCCCUCAGAGCUCACAGAGCACCAGAGGCUACCUCACACCUCCUGCCAACGUCUGAGACGUACAAAUAAACCUCCUUCAUCAGCAUCCUUUUGUUCUCAAGAAUCAAAUUAACCACUCUGAAGCAGUCAAACUACUGAAUUUGCCUUUUGUUUCCCCUCUUAUGCUGCAAGCCGUUGUACUGAAACUCGUAAAACCACAACGUCCCUCAUGGAGACGUGUGAUAGAACAGUCCUGAGAGCUCUCACACACACACGUACACAUACCUGAGAUCACAAUGACAUGGCGGCACUCAUGUGGUCAACGCUAAACAGAAUUCCCUUCACGUUAUUUUCUAUGUGAUGAAACUCGACUUUGAUGACUUGUAGCUUUUAUGUCAUAAGUUUAAGUUUGUGACGUAAUUCUGCUGAUUUUAGCCCAAAUUCACUAAUGUGAUCAAAUCACUGUAACGGAUCAUUUUUACGAGCAAAGAUGAAGACAGGGGACAACGAUUAUACAUCAUUUCUCUCUGUACAUCACAGGAAUAAUUCAUGUAGGUCUUAUUAAUAUGUUUAUCAAACUCAAAUAUGACCUUGCUCAGAGUAUCCACCAGUAUUUCUGAGCCGGAACGCCUUUAGAUCGGAACGCCGGAAAACUGGUUCUGUACUUUCGGAGCUCGAGUACAACAGAGUGCAGCAUUAAUACCAGCAGAUCCACAGCAAGAGACUCUCGGAUAAUACUAUAUACACACCAGGUUCAAUUACACUACAAUCAAACAAGAAAAAAAAAACAUGGAUUAGGAAAAAAGGACAUAAAAUAAUGACAAAGAGUAAAGGAAAAGGAGAGACAGAAUGUGUGUGUGUGAGAGAGAGGAUGAGAGAGAGAGAAUGAUAGAGAGAGAAUAUGUGUGUCUGUGAGUGAGAGAUAGAGAGAGAUGAUGAGAGAGAAUGAUACAGAGAGAGAGGAUGAGAGAGAGAAUGAGAGAAUGAGAGAGAUAUGAAUGAAAAUUAAAUAGAAAGAAUGAAAAGCAGAAAUCAAGAGGGAAAACAAAAAGUGAAAGACAAACACACUACAUGAGGGACUGACAGAAAAAGUUUGAAACAAACAAGUGAGAAGAAAAGAAAUGUAAAAAAUAAUGAAGAGAAAGAAAGAGCAAAAAAGGAACAAUAAAAAUGAUAAAUAUGAAAGAGAAAGUAAUCAUGGUAGGGGAAUAAAAAGGUAGGACACAAUUACUAAAAAGCAGGAGAAACCGUGGAAAAGAAGAGGAAGAGAGACAGAUAAAGAAAAAAGGAAAGAGAGGAAGGAGAAAAGAGUGAGAGAGGGAUGAAAGAAAUGAAGAGAGAUUAACGUUUCACCUUGAAGAAGUCGGUUUUGUCAGCAAUGUGCUUUAACAUCCCCUGUGUGAACGGCGGCCUGAUCACCACGGCAACACGACCCUGGCUCGGGCUCAUCAGCUGGGCGGACUCGGCCACGCCCACCCGUUCUGCUGUCACCAUGGCGACGAACUGCGUCAGACCCACCAGGUCCAUGAGGAGGGAGACAGUGACGGCGCGGAUGCUGAAGUCCAGCUUAGAGAAACAGAUGUUCAUCAGAGACUCGAGCCACCGAGGAGGCGGAGUCACACCGCCGCUGUCUGACAUCAUCACCACACACACGUCAUUUAUAAUCAUAUUAAUAUUAACUAUUAUUAUUGUUGAUGUUGAUAUUAAUUUAUAAGUAAUCAUACACCGUAAUUAGUAAUAAUAAACAGCAAAUAAUAAAUAAAUCAGUAAUAUUUCAUAAAAAAGUUAAAAAAAUGCAAAUGUGAGAGUAUGUUCUGUUUAAUAUGCGCUGGUUAAAUAAAAUCAUUUUGGCAGCCGUGAACACAGACACACACUCCUUCUGUUCAAAUACACAUAGCCUCUCUGUUAACUCCGCCUCCCCCUGGUUAGCCCCGUCCCCGGUGGGUGAUGUAAAGCUCCACCAGUCUGCAC